AUGGUUCUCGUAGUAGCUGGUGAAGACCUCUUAUCUUCUCUCCUUUAUGAUAAUGGCUAUGGAGGUGGCGGUGUGAAAGGGGUGGUCGCGGUGGUGAGAGGGUGGUCGCCGGUAGAAAAGCACAGGGAUGGUGGCCGGAGGUGGGGACGACCGGAGGAGGCUGUCAGGCGGAGUGGAGUGGAGGUGGCUUAUGGUAGGAAUGUCCGAACAUCGAAGAAUCCGAGAAUUAGUUCUGAUUUGGCAUUGAGUACUAUAUCUGAAAUUAUGAGGGACAAGCCGUUGACUCAGCAGUAUGAGGUGGUGACUAUUUUGAAGAGGGAUUAUGGGCUAGAUGUGAGUUACCACAUGGUAUGGUUGGGUGUGGAGAAAGCAAAGGUUGUUAUUCAUGAAGAUCACUCAUUAUCGUUUCACCAGUUGCGGUGGUAUUCGGAUAUUGUGAUGGGUUACAAUCCGAGGAGUUAUGUCAAUAUUGACUAUAAUGCGAGUAGUCAACAGUUUUGUCGUUUCUUUGUAUCAUUUGUUGCGUGUAUUUCUGGGUACAAUUCUUGUUGGCCUUUAUUAUUCCUAGAUGGAACAUUCCUCAAAGGAAAGUACAAAGGUCAAUUAUUUGCGGCAACGACGAAAGAUAGAAACAAUGAGACCACGACCAAUUGGUCGUGGUUCUUGCACGAACUUGGAAAAGUUGUUAAUGGUAAGCGUCAAAUUACUUUUAUUUCGGACCGCAAUCUUGGUCUGUUAGAAACAAUGCCGAAGAUGUUCCCAUCAGCUCACCACGGUCAUUGCUUACAACACUUGAAGAACAAUCUAAGAGACUGGAUGAAAAGAAUUGAUAAUGGAUUUAGGGACCACCUCGUUAGUAGUUUGGGUGAUUGUGCUUACGAGCCAAUUGUGGUAGGGUUCCAUGAAAAGCUUGAGAAAUUAAAAGAGGAGGAAUGGGGCAUGCAUUAUGGGGAGAUGACAUCCAAUGCGGCGGAGUCAUUUAAUAAUUGGAUUAAAGAAGCACGCAAUCUUCCUAUCACUCAGAUGGUGGACACAAUUCAUACUCAAUUGAUGCGGCAAAUGUCUUGGCAAGUGAGCAAAUUCAAUGAGGAUGUGUUUAAGGUUCAUUUAAUGCCAUCUGUUACAGUUGAUACUACAAGGCAUACGUGUUCUUGCUUCAAAUGGCAAAUCAACGGAUUUCCAUGUGACUAUACUGUUAUUGUUAUUCAGAAGAGUCGCUACAAUCUCAAUGAUUGUAUAGAACAUUACUUUCAUGUAGAGACGUAUCGUGCAGCCUAUUCGGGUGCUAUAUUCCCUAUACCGUCGGUGGAAAAGCCGUCUUUUGAUUCCACGGACUUCACUAUAUACCCACCAACUGUGAAAAGACCACCCGAUAGGCCGAAAAAGAAUAGAAUCCCGUCAAAGGAUGAGAAACUGAAGCAAAUAAGCAUCAAAGUAGAUGACAUGAAUAUUUACAUCACUUUAACCAUUCACAUCAUCAAAUCAGAAGAUGUGAAUAUUUAG